AUGAAGCUGGCGCUUGUGUUUUCCACCCUUUGCCUGGCCGCUGGCAAGAAGCCGCACAUUGUUUUCUUCCUCGCCGAUGAUUUUGGUUGGGGCAACCUGGGUUACCAUCGCAGGGACACCGGAGACUCACCCGAGGAGCUUCAGGGCAAGGCCGAAGUGCACACGCCCACACUGGACAGGCUCAUCGAUGAGGGCAUCUUGCUGAGCCGCCACUACGGCUUCAAGACCUGCUCGCCGAGCCGGUCUGCCCUGCAGACCGGACGCCUUGCGGUGCACGUCAACAUCGAGCAAGACGUUAUGCUUUCGACCGCGAACUACGAGGACCCCAUGAGCGGCUACUCGGGCAUCCCACGAAACAUGACCGGGAUUGCAGAGAAGCUGCGCUCGGCCGGAUACCGCACCCACAUGGUCGGGAAGUGGGAUGUGGGGAUGGCAACUCCGGAUCACACACCGAAGGGCCGCGGCUACGAGACCUGGUAUGGAUACUACGGUCAUGCGAACCACUACUGGCACAUGUUGCCAGACCCGACGUAUGCCGUGGUUGAUGAGUGCUUGAAUCAAGUCAGAGACCUGUCCAUGCACAACGCAAGCUACACUGGCCCUGUGCGCGACGCCAUCUCCCUGUCAGCUGCAUGCGCCGACCCCGAGUCGGAUCGGGGAUGCUAUGAAGAGCAUCUCUUCAAGGAGAGGGUCCUGGAGAUCAUCCGGGAGCACAAAGUGGAGGAGCCCUUGUUUCUUGUCUAUGCCUUCCAUUUGGUUCACGUCCCACUGCAGGUGCCCAAGAUAUGGCUGCAUGAGAUUGACCAUGCUGUAAAGGCUGCAGGUGGCUUGCCAUUCGAUUCUGAGAACCGGCGGCUGUAUGCUGCCAUGACUCUUUACAUGGAUUAUGCCAUCGGAAAGGUCGUUGAAGCUUUGAAGAACAAGGGCAUGUAUGAGGACACGCUUGUCAUUUUCGCUUCAGACAACGGGGGCUCUAUUGAUGCCUACAGUGGUGGUUCAAACUACCCGCUGCGAGGAGGCAAGGUAAGCGACUGGGAAGGUGGCUUGCGGACGAAUGCUUUCGUCUCUGGCGGCUUUGUGCCAGAAUCCCGACGAGGCACCAAGUUUGAGGGCGUCAUCAACAUCGCAGACUGGUACGGGACGCUCACAGAGCUGGCCGGUGUGGAGAUGAAGGACCACCGAGCCGAGGCAGCCAACGUAUGGCUGAAGGAACAAGGCCUUCCCUUACUGUAUCCGGUAGAGAGCGUACCGCAGUGGCAGAACAUCCUCCAGAACCGGAAUGGCAGACCUUGGCCCAUUCAUCUGAGCACCUACGCAGUCAUGAUGUGGCCCUACAAGCUGGUCAUCGCGCAGCAGCCCGUCGCGGCCUGGACCGGGCCGGUUUAUCCCAACUGCUCCACGCUGGAGAGCGUCCAGAUGCUGCGGUUCAAGCUUUGCAUGUUCGAGCGAGUCACGCUCUCUUAUGGUCAACACGGGCCAAAGAUGAAGCUGGACCAUUCUGCGCUGCCAACGGUCAUGGACAGCGAGAGGCUUGUCGAUUGCAGUGGCUCGGAUCCAAUUCCUCUUCUCAUGGGGCGUGAGGGUUGCCUGAUGAAUGUGAGGGAUGAUCCGACGGAGCAUAGGAACCUGGCCGGCGAUCCCGAGUACGCCUCCACCUUCGAAUACAUGCGAACGACCCUGUCGCGCAUGAACGAGGACGUCUUCUAUCCGGACCGCGGCAAGCCCAGGGUGGAGGCUUGUGAUGUGGCCAUCGAACAUGGGAAGCUGGGCGGAUUUUUUCAAUGCUCUGCAACGCUUACCCCCCUUAUAAGGCCUCCAAGCUUGCAAGUCUUCCAGAGUGUGCCAGAGUAG